AUGACUUCCCAUCUAAUUAAUUUUCUCAACAUUGGAAGCUCCCAAGAUGGCCACACAAUAACUACGAAGGGAGCGUCAAAUUACACGGAUACACCUCCACUAAAUAAUUCCAAAAGAGGGGCGAGGGACUUACUUGGUCAAAAGAUUGUUCGGCUUGAUUAUACAUGCAAUGCACAGAAAAUGGUGGAGAUGAUGGUUGAAAUUGUUGAACCAUUACCUCUAGUUAGAGUUCAUAGAGAGAGAAACCACAAAUUUCAACAACUUCAACCAGAGAGAGAAAAUCCAAGAAAGCUGCGAAACGACGUAUC